AUCAUUCUGUUGCACACACACACACUCAGCUCUCAAUCAAUCAAUCUCACUCACAGUUAGUCAUCUCUAAUUAAUCAAUGGCAAAAUCCAAACCCAAAUCCACCAAGAAAUCAUUGUUAACCGUGACCCUAAAUCCCCAACUUUACCCCCAAUUUCUCCAUCUACUUUCCCCCAAAUCAAACCCGAAUUCGUCACACACUCUCCUCUUCAUCUUCACUUUCUUUCUCGCUUCGAUUCUAUGUUUCGUGUCCAUCGAAUCACUUCAUUCCAGACCCUCACUCUCUGCAAUCACACACGUGCCCACCUACUCGCCGUUAGUUCUUGCUUCUUUGUCGUCCGUAUUUCAGGAUCCAGGUGUCGAAAACGACGAUACGGUGAGUCUUGACACGACGUCGAUGGUGCCGUUGCCACCACGGACGGUGGUUGGGACGGAGUUUUGGAAGCAGCCGGAUGGGGAGGGAUACCGGCCGUGUUUGCAUUUUAGUUUAAAGUAUCGGAAAAGAUCGGUUAAGAUUGCAAAUGAGGAGAAGAGGUUUUUGGUGGUUGUGGUUUCUGGUGGAUUGGUUGAGCUAAGGAAUCAGAUUGUUGAUGCUGUUGUUAUUGCUAGGAUUCUUGAAGCUGCGUUGGUUUUACCGAUUUUACAGGGUGAUGAAAGUGAAUUUUCAGAAAUUUUUGAUGUAGAACACUUUAGGAAGACUUUAAAAGCCGACAUUCGAGUAGUAUCAUCUCUUCCCUCGACACAUGUCGUGUCAUGGCAAUCAUUAAAGAAUCAUAUUCCACAUAAUGUUCCGCCGUUUUGGAUUCGUGCAAGAUUUUUCAAGAAACUCAAUGAAAAAGGAUCUCUUGUAUUGACAGGGUUAGAUUCAAAACUUACAAAGAAUCUGCCACCAGACCUUCAGAAACUUCGAUGCAAGGUAGCAUUUCAUGCACUUAAAUUUGCUAGACCAGUUACAGAACUUGGUAACCGUAUUGCCAGGAGAAUGUGGAUUGAAGGGCCAUACAUCGCCCUUCAUCUUAGUUUAGAAAAAGAUUUGUGGAUCAAAACAGGUUGCUCCACAGGCUUAGGCCCUGACUAUGACAUCCUUAUAAGCAAAGAAAGGGAGUCUCAUCCCGAGUUUCUUACCACAUCAUCAAAUAUAAGUUGCCCUCUACAUGUGUUACAAGCAGCAAGACUUCUAAAAGAAUCAGGGGCUCCAGCGAAUGCUCGAGUGUACAUUACAGGUGGGGAUCCAUUUGGGGGUGAUCGAGCCAUUCUUCUGUUUAAGUCAGAGUUUGUUAAUGUGGUGACAAAGGAGAUGUUGGCUAGAGAUGCUGAACUCAACCCAUACAGAAACAGAAGUAUUAUUUUGACAGCAAUAGACUAUAUUGUAUCACUAAGUAGUGAUGUUUUUCUGCCUUCUUAUGACGGUCACAUGGUUCAAGCCUUGCAGGGUCAUCGUGCAUAUGUUGGACAUCGAAAACUGGUCACAAUGUCUACGAAUUACAAUGGGCAACCGCAGCCUAGGGGUAAAAGGAGAGACAGAGAUGUAACAGCAUUUCCGCUGCCAGAAUGUAUGUGCAAACACUAGCCAUGGGAUAGUUUUGGUCAGAAUCAUGGCUGUUCUUGAACCCAUUCAGGAGUUGCAUCAGGAUUUUGACCUUUGUAUAGAAUCUUGACUUGGGAUAUAUAAAUGGAAGUGAACAUAGAAUUGUGUUACUGUAAGAGUUUAUAAUCUGAUGUAUAGUUUCAAGUGUUUAAUACCAAUUGAAUCAUACUACACUGAUUCUGUAGGAUGUUAACGUUUGUAUAUGGUCAGACU